AUGAGUCGCAACAUUUCCGGCUGCCAAAAGAGAUGUGAUCCUGUUAUACACGCAUGCUAUGGUGCAGCUGCAGCGGCGGGUGGGUUUGUGCAAGCAAGUGAACCCAUCGUGCGAGCGGAUGAGGCCCAAGUCCUGCUGGGCUGCUUGGUAAUCGCGUCCAUUCUGGCAGCAAUUCCGGUUGGAGAAUACAUCGAGUCCACCUUCAUGGAUGAGUACUGGCGCCUGGGGUACGGUGCUGUUUAUGAAGGUGUAAGUCCUCUUUCGCCGGGUGCUUCCUAUCUGGAUGCUUCUUUCAUGGCUUUUGACAAGACGGCCUACAUCGAUGUCUCCAGGGGUCUCGGCUUCAUCAAGGGGGGGCAUCUGUACUGCGUCGCGCCGGUCCUGAGCAGAGCCACUCGAGCCUUCAACGUAUCCUUUUGGGUGACGGGGAUUGACUGCUGUGCUCGGCGAGGAAGUUUCGCGUGCCUGGGAUCUGAGGAUGCAGCAGGGGGCUCUGGCGUUGUCCUCUCUGAUAGCGACGGCAUCUUCACCAGAGCAGCACGUAUGGCGCAGUCAGUGAAUGGCUUUGGCAUCCUGCCAGAUGCGCAGAUACUUCUUCUCGUUUGGAUGCACGAGCCGGGGCUCUAUGCAGAAAGCUUGCAUGCCAGUGCAUUGACCUUCGUCGGGCUCACCAUCCUCGCUUUCCUCAUGCUGGGUCUCUGCGUUGGGCAGUGUGCUGUGCAAAGCCUCCCGCACCGGAAGUUCUGA